GGGAUUGGUUACAGUGAAAAAACUUGUGACUUGUGAUAGCCUAUAAAUAGGGCUCCGGGGUGCCACUUAAAGCAUCAAACACACUGAGAAAGAUGGAAAGGAUGGAGAGCAAAGGUUGCCGCAGGAAAAGGCAGAAUGGUGGAUUGGUUACAAUGCCCUUUAUAUUUGCAAAUGAGGCUUGUGAGAAGUUGGCGGUGGUGGGGUUCAGUACCAAUAUGAUCAGCUACCUGACAACACAGCUCCAUAUGCCAUUGACCAAAGCAGCCAACACCCUCACCAACUUCGGAGGAACUUCAAGCUUAACACCGUUGCUCGGUGCCUUCAUGGCCGACGCGUAUGCUGGCCGGUUCUGGACUAUAACAGUUGCUUCCAUAAUAUACCAAAUAGGCAUGAUAAGCUUAACAUUAUCAGCAAUUCUUCCACAUCUAAGGCCACCGCCAUGUAAAUUAGGAGAGCAAGUGUGCCAAGAAGCUGAUACAGGGCAACUAGCAAUCCUAUAUGCAUCUCUCCUGCUAGGAGCCUUAGGAUCAGGCGGGAUCCGACCGUGUGUCGUCGCAUUCGGAGCAGACCAAUUCGAUGAGUCGGACCCUAAGCAGACAACAAAGACAUGGAGAUACUUCAAUUGGUACUAUUUUGUCAUGGGAGUAUCUAUCCUUGUGGCUGUGACAGUGCUUGUCUACAUUCAGGACAACAUUGGUUGGGGUUGGGGUCUUGGAAUUCCAACCAUAGCAAUGUUUUUCUCAAUUAUUGCUUUUAUUGGUGGAUACCCACUUUACCGGAACCUGGAUCCAGCCGGAAGUCCAUUUACCAGAUUGUUACAAGUGUCUGUGGCUGCAUUUAGGAAGAGGAAGCUGGCCAUGGUUUCGGAUCCUGAGUUAUUAUACCAGAACGAUGAGCUUGAUGCACCCAUUUCUAUUGGUGGAAAGCUUCUACACACUAUACAUAUGAAAUUUCUUGAUAAGGCUGCAAUUGUGGUUGAAGAAGAUAAUUUCAAACAAGGCCAAGCACCCAACCUUUGGAGACUAAAUACAGUUCACAGAGUUGAAGAACUCAAAUCUAUCAUCAGAAUGGGACCAAUAUGGGCAGCAGGAAUUCUCCUGAUCACAGCCUAUGCCCAGCAAAACACAUUUUCCCUACAACAAGCCAAGUCCAUGGACAGGCAUCUCACAAAAUCCUUUCAAAUUCCAGCAGGUUCAAUGUCUGUCUUCACCAUGACCUCCAUGCUCACCACAAUAGCCUUUUAUGAUCGCAUUUUGGUUCCUGUUGCAAGUAAAUUCACAGGGCUUGAACGUGGUAUAAGCUUUCUGCAUCGGAUGGGAAUUGGUUUUGUCAUAUCAAUAUUUGCCACUCUAGUUGCUGGCUUCGUUGAAAUCAAGCGAAAACAUGUUGCUUCAGCUCAUGGUCUUAUCAAUUCUCAACAGCCUAUUCCUAUCCCGGUCUUUUGGCUUGUGCCACAAUAUUGUCUUCACGGAAUAGCUGAAGCUUUUAUGUCAAUUGGGCAUUUAGAGUUCUUCUAUGAUCAAGCACCAGAAAGUAUGAGAAGCAGUGCUAUGGCACUAUUUUGGACUGCGAUUUCAGUUGGGAAUUAUGCAAGCACACUUUUGGUCACCUUAGUGCAUAAGUUUAGUGCUGGUUCUGAUGGAUCAAAUUGGCUUCCAGAUGAUAAUCUGAACAAAGGAAAAUUGGAGUACUUUUACUGGUUGAUCACGUUAUUGCAGGUUGCUAAUCUUAUUUACUACCUAUUUUGUGCAAAGAUGUAUACUUUUAAGCCAAUUCAAGUCCACAACAAAGAAAUCAGUGACUCUAAAGAAAGUGGAGUAGAGCUCGCAAACAAGGUUUAGUUGCAUUUCCUCGAUAUUUGUAAUAAUUAGGUUACACAAUUUAGCUGGUAAAGAAUCGGUGUUCCUUAGAAUAAGAAGCAUGUCAUAUAGUAUAGAAGAAUUACCAAGGCCCUUUUUGUAUGAUCUUUUUAGAGAAAGGAAAAGGGAUUCCCGUUGGCUUUUACAUUAA